CACCCCCACCCCCCACAAACACCUUUAUUCCAGGAAUAAUGGCGCUAUAAUAAUUAAUUUAGAGUAUUUUGUUUUCAGAUUUGAAACUAUUUGAGCAUUUAAUGUCUUUUAAUUGGCAUUAUUCUCCAGAAAGCCUUAUGGAUUAAUUUUGGAUUUCCUCAGUUAGGGUUUAGGCUCUACAGAUUAGCGUCGAGGCAACACUAAUCCCUGUCUGAUACCGGACUGAGGGAGAGUUAAGUGAAAGGUGCGCAGACUGUGCUUUUAAUCGAAUGAACUCCACUGUAAACAAUACUUGAUGCAGAGGAACAACUGGACUAACUUGGCAGAGGGCGACGACGGAGGAGGCCGUGUCUCUCACUGCCUCGGUGGUCUGAUGGCGCAGGAGGCAGGGUGCAGUCUGCCGGCGGGGGCCCGGACUCCAAAGGCUAUUUUGAAAAGUGAGCCCCUGUACGCACGCACACACAUACGCACACGCAGCUGCUCGAAACCAUGACAGAAGAUGACGGACACAGUUGUCGCGGAGGGACAAGUCAAGUUUAGAGAUGGAAAAAAGUGGAAGACUCGGUGGGUCGUUCUUCGGAAGCCCUCUCCGGUCGCAGACUGCCUGUCCUUGCUGGUGUAUAAGAAGAAAGGGAAGGAGAAGGGCAGCGGCCACAAGGAGAGGCUGAAUGUAACACUGGAGGGGAUCUGUGGCGUGGAGCCAGGGCUCGGAUACGAUGGCGUGUCCUACACCCUCUCCAUCCUUUGCUUGGCACACAUGCUGGUCCUUGGGUUCAACAACCGGGACACCCUGCUGGCCUGGGAUGCCCGCAUCCGCUACAGCUUGGGAGAAGUUCACAGGUUUAGCGUCAACGUUGAACCAGGUACCAAACUGGAAAGCGGUCCUGCGUCACUCCACCUGUGCAACAACUUGCUGGUCCUCACCAGAGGCCUCCCUCCCGUCGUCGUUGGCCACUGGAAGUUGUCGGCGUUACGUCGCUACGGUGCUGUGCCAAAUGGCUUCGUGUUCGAGGGAGGGACUCGGUGUGGAUAUUGGGCUGGUGUUUUCUUCUUGUCCUGUUCAGAAGGAGAGCAGAUCAGUUUCCUAUUCGACUGCAUCGUCAGGGGCAUCAACCCCAGCAGGGCACCACAUGGCCUGCAACCUGACCUGCCAGCAGAUCCCAGUGCCGAUCCAGCUUCAGCAGAGGAACGAAUCAACCUCGAGGCAUCAGUGCUGGAGAAAAGACUGAGCAUGUUGUCUCAGUGCAGCUUAGCAAGCAGCACAGCCUCCUCUUACAGCUGCAGUACAUCUGUUGCUGGAGAUGACCACAGCAGUAUUUCCAGCUCUUCCUCCAGUCAAUCAGAUGCGAGCUAUGGAAGCAGACUUCCAGUGUGGGCGGAGCCAUUAGGCAGACUGCACCUCUCCAGUGAGACAGCUUCAAGCUCUUCCACGCUGAAAGCACUGGCCAGUUCAGAUGACCGGCUUUAUUCUGCUGUUUUGGGAGGCUCCAGGAGCCAUCCCUCCUCCACCCACAUCCAUCCUCGCGGUCUCCAUGACAGCGGGCGGCAGAGUUCAUUAGACAGUGGGAUUGGGAUAGCAACAGGCAGCCACUCUUCUUACUCAGGGAGCUAUUCCUCAUGUACGGGGAGUCUGGACAUGGCCAGCGGGGGAGUAGGGGAGGAAUUUGGCUCGGUGGCCAGCCUUCCUCCUGCUCCUUCUUUUCCUUCCUCACCUCCUUCUGCACCACCCCCAACUCCUCCUUCUUCUCCUUUUCAACCCAUGCUUAUCCCAGAGGGGAACACAGCCUCCUGUUCCUGCUCCUCCAGAUCUGCAUCUCGUACAUCUCGAAGGCAUAGUGAAGAAUACCGGAUUCCCAGUCUGCUUAGACUGUGGUAUGAUACCCCCAGGAGUCUGCUCCGAGCUCAACCUCAAAAGAAGCCAUGGUCCCACGGAGCCCAGUCUGAGCUCAGCAAAGACAAUAAGAGCAGUGGAGAUGGAGGUGAUGGUCAGGGACAAGGAGGAGUGAUGGCUCAGCGUCAAGCCAUGAUGCAGCGCUCACACUCCUGGGGUAGCGAGAGGGCGCCCUCUGUGGACAGUGAGGGGAGGGCCACACCCAGACCCUUGUUGGUCCCUGGAGGCUUGUUUAAUGCAGAAAAGCAGUGCAGUCAUGGUUUAGACAACUACAUUACACAAGACCAGUGGCGGUCAGUGAGGAACACAAGCUACAUGCAGGAUUGGCUGUCCACCAUUACACGAAGAGCACGAUGCUCAGUACUAAAGAACUCAAAGACUGACAGCUCUCCACUGAUGCACCUGACACCUUCUGCAGAUUCACAAGACUCUCCUCUCUGUAUCAGGGAGGAACGGCAUGACAGCAGUGACAUCAGUUCUAAGCUUGCAAGUCUGAAGAAACUGUUGCCAUCUCUGCUCUUGCAUGCCCCUCCACCACCUCCUGUCCCACCGAGCAUGCACAGACCAACAUCAGCUUGUGGCAUGUUCAGGCUUUCCCACGAGGCUCCUCCGCCUGCAUCCCUGGACUGUGGGCCUUGCAGUAACAGCAGUACUAAUUAUGUCAACAUCCCCGUUAGCCCUCUGCUGUAUAAAACUAGAGAGCUACUUUACACAGAGCUGGAGCUGCAGAAACCCAGCUCGGCUCCGGCCUCCAGUCUGCACAGUGCUGAGAGAGGUAACUCAGUGCAGCUCUGCAGACUCAAAGAGGGCUCCAUCAGGUACGCCCACCUGGACAUCACUGCCAUGGAAACAGCUCAGAGAGUGGGGGCGGAGCAUGUUCUGGCCAGGGAGGACAGACUGACUCAGCUGGAGAGCAGGCGGCAAGGGCCACCAAACUGACUCUGGAACGCCCAACUGGAUGACACUUCAGAAUAGUUUUGACUGCAGAUUCUCUCCAACUCUCUGGAAAAGCUGACGUACUCAAAUGUGGUGGAUUAUCAUACCGGUUAUUUUGUACUUAAUAACACACCCACAGUUGUGACAUUGUAAUGAAAUUCCCACAGUCCAUUCCACUAACGGUAAAGCUUUGGGAGCUUUCUUAUGCAGCUUCUAUUUUGUGUUAAGUGUUUUUCUCUUACUUGCUUUUAAACUAGCUUUUUCCUGCGUUUGUCUCGAUACCUUUUAUCACAGAAAUGUUACAUAGUUGUCUGCAUGGCUUUUAUGCAAGAUGCAAAAAACUCAACCCCCCCCCCCCCCCCCCCCACACACACACACACACACUCAAUGUCUUCUUCAACACAGACAUGAAAGUCAAGCUAGUUUAAAACAAAAUCAUUAACAAGGUCUGUGGUUAAGCAGUAGUUGCAAAUGAUCUGCUGUGUUUUGGGAUCCAGGAAAAGGCCUUAAAGGGGCGAUUCCCCAAAUUUAGUCAUAUUUUAAGUCCUUGUAGCAUUUUUUGGAUCCAGAUUUGCCUUAUAGGCAAAAAUUUCUGGUUUGAGGAGGACACACAAACCCAUCCUCAGGUGAUCACAAGCGAGUGUACUCAGUGUCAGUCCCAGGUGUGGAUUAAAGGGAGGGCUGGAUAAGGAAGAGCAUCCGGUAUAAAAUCUGUGCCACAUCAAAAAGAGCGAAUCCAUCUGCUGUGGCAAGCCUUUGGGAAUGAGCACGCAGCUGAAUGUAACAGUCCUUUUAUUAUAUGAGUCCUGGAACUUUAUGAUCACACCUUGUAUAUGCUGAGGAUUGAUGGAAACCUACCUUACCGAUGCCAACCAGUAAUCUCAAGACUACCAAGAUUACUGGUUGAAUGGCUUUAAUUAUAAGGGGAUGGGCGUAAACUAUUGUUUAUCAUCGCUAUUGCGUAUGGAAAACAAGAAUAAAUGACAGCUUUUUAAGCUGUAAUAUAUUUACAGUUCUUGCUGGGUUGAUUUUCUUCAAGCUUUGUGAUCACCAUAUAAUUUAUGCUACCUCUUUUCUCAAGAGGUCACCGACUGCCAUUGGGUUUGGAUCAAAAUAAGAUUUCACAGUGAGAUAAAGCCCAUCUCAUCUCAUGCCUUACAAUUGAAUGCCAAGAGCCCCAACUUCCCUGGUGAUCAUUUCA